AGAAAAAUCUCUCAUCCAUUCCCUCUCCCUCUCCACAACCCCCCUCUCCCUCUCCACAACCCCUACCCCAUGGUUCCCAUCGUCCUCUCCCAACUCGCCACCGGCCUCAGCGUCCUCGCCGGCGCCGUCCUCGUCAAAUCCGUCAUGGACCACAAGCCCAUGGCCGGCUCCUUCCCCCGCUGCCCUUCCUGCAACGGCACUGGCCGCGUCCCCUGUCUCUGCUCCCGCUGGUCCGACGGCGACAUCGGCUGCCGCACCUGCUCCGGCUCUGGUCGUAUGUUCUGCAGCAGCUGUGGCGGCUCCGGCACCGGCCGCCCUCUUCCCGCUCAAAUCUCCCUUCGUCGAUCCAAUUACCCUUCCUCUUCUUCCUGAUUCUCCUUCUCUCUCUCUCUCUCUCUCUCACUACUCUAAUAUUUCCUUAUCUUCUUCACCAUUAAUUAUUAGGGCACCACACCAAAAAAAAAAAAGAAAAAAUCAAAUCGCCUCUGUAAUUUGGGAGUUCUUGAGAUUUACACUAAGAGCGAAUGAGAGGCAUUAUCGUUUCCCUCAAUUCAGAUUCGUAUAUAGAAAUCUAUACUUCUCGUAAUUAAUUAUACUAAUUUUGUUAAUCAUAUAAUUCUUUCUUA